AUGCCUUGUACCCUUACAUCCAUUAUAACCAGCGACGGUGAAGCCGUCUGGACCAACCACAUCCGACAAGUCCUGGCCGACUUGAACAUAACCCUGUCCCACGUGUAUCUUAUCCACUGGCACAGUGACCACACAGGUGGAGUGCCAGAUCUCUUCGCACAUCGGCCCGAAUGCACCGCGUGGAUCUAUAAGUGUGAUCUAGAUCGAAACCAGAAGGUCAUCACGGACAGAGACGUUUUCCGCGUCGAAGGCGUGACCGUCCGCGCUAUCUUCAGCUCAGACCAUGCCCACGACCAUAUUUGA